AUGUUGGAGACGCUACGCGGGAAUAAGCUACAUUCUGGUACCUCGAAAGGCGCCAACAAAAAGUUAAACGAACUUUUGGAAUCGUGCGAUAAUCUACCAUCAGCAUCUUCUGAAUUGGGUUCAAUUCAAGUGAGUAUUAAUGAAUUGAGAAGACGUGUUUUUCAAUUGAAAAGCAAAAAUAAAGUUAGCAAUGACUAUACCAAAGCCCACUAUUUAUUGGCUAACAGCGGCUUAACCUUUGAAGAUGUUGAUUCUUUCAUUAAAGACUUGCAAACGAACCAAUUUUUGGAACCAAGUCCACCCAAAGUAAUUGAGAGUGAGGAAUUGGAUUUCUAUCUCAAAACUAAAAAGGAAGAGAACAUUUUGAUGUCUAUCGAACAGCUUUUAAACGGUGCUACAAAAGAUUUUGAUAAUUUUAUCAAUCAUAACUUAAAUCUCGAUUGGACUCAGCAUAAAGGUGAAGUCAUGAAAAACUUUGGUAUCCUUAUACAAGAUAAGAAAACCAUUGACCACAAGAAAUCGGUCAGUUCUUUAGACCCGAAACUUCCAAGUUGGGGCAAUAAGGGCAAUAAUAUUUUAAAUAGCAACGAAUCCAGAUUAAAUGUCAACGAAAAUAAUAUUCUUAGAGAAAAGUUUGAGAAUUAUGCAAGAAUUGUAUUUCAAUUUAACAACAGUAGACAAGCAAAUGGAAAUUUUGAUAUAGCUAAUGAGUUCAUCUCAAUAUUAUCUUCUGCGAACGGAUCAAGAAACGCUCAAUUACUAGAGAGUUGGAAGAUUCUGGAAUCGAUGAAAGGUAAGGACAUUAAUAUUGUUGAAGUCGGAAAACAGUACCUUGAGCAACAGUUUUUACAAUAUGCCGACAAUUUAUAUAAGAAGAACAUGAAUGAAGGAUUGGCAACCAACGUCAAUAAAAUCAAGUCCUUCAUUGAUACAAAGUUGAAGAAAGCAGACAAAUCAUGGAAGAUUUCUAAUUUAACUGUUAUCAAUGGUGUUCCAAUAUGGGCCUUAAUAUUUUAUCUUUUAAGGGCAGGCCUAAUCAAGGAAGCAUUGCAGGUUCUAGUAGAGAACAAGGCUAAUAUCAAAAAAGUAGAACAAUCGUUCCUUACUUAUUUCAAAGCAUAUGCUUCUUCAAAGGACCACGGUUUACCGGUGGAAUAUUCCACCAAGCUUCACACCGAAUACAACCAACAUAUAAAAAGCUCACUAGAUGGCGAUCCUUAUCGCCUAGCUGUCUAUAAAUUGAUCGGAAGAUGCGACUUAAGUAGAAAAAAUAUUCCUGCAGUCACUUUAAGCAUCGAAGAUUGGUUGUGGAUGCAUCUCAUGUUGAUCAAAGAAAACGACGCGGAAAAUGAUCCUGUUUAUGAAAGAUACUGCUUAGAAGACUUCCAAAACAUAAUAAUAUCGUAUGGGCCAUCUCGCUUUUCAAACUAUUAUUUACAAACACUUUUGUUAAGUGGAAUCUAUGGAUUAGCUAUUGAUUAUACUUAUACGUUUAGUGAAAUGGAUGCGGUACAUUUGGCAAUAGGGCUAGCAAGCCUGAAGCUAUUUAAGGUUGAUAGCUCAACACGUUUGGCAACAAAAACUAAGAGAGAUAUCAGGUUCGCAAACGUACUAGCUAAUUAUACCAAGUCCUUUAGAUAUUCAGACCCUAGAGUUGCUGUGGAAUACUUAGUUCUAAUCACCUUAAAUGAGGGGCCUUCUGAUAUCGAGUUAUGUCAUGAGGCCUUAAGAGAGCUAGUGUUGGAAACUAAAGAAUUUACGGUUCUUUUAGGUAAAAUUGGACGCGAUGGAGCUAGAAUUCCGGGGGUGAUCGAAGAAAGACAACCUUUACUACACGUUCGUGAUGAAAAGGAAUUUCUGCAUACAAUUACAGAACAAGCAGCAAGAAGGGCGGAUGAAGACGGUAGAAUAUAUGACAGUAUAUUAUUGUACCAGCUUGCUGAAGAAUAUGACAUUGUUAUUACCCUUGUCAAUGGUUUAUUAAGUGAUACUCUCAGUGCGUCAGAUUUAGACCAACCAUUAGUUGGACCCGAUGACAAUAGUGAGACGAAUCCUAUCUUGUUGGCCAGGAGGAUGGCGUCCAUAUAUUUUGACAACGCUGGUAUAUCGAGACAGAUUCAUGUUAAAAACAAAGAAAUUUGCAUGUUACUCUUGAAUAUUUCCGCUAUCAAGGAGCUAUACUUCAAUAAACAAUGGCAAGAAACAUUAUCCCAGAUGGAGCUAUUAGACUUACUUCCUUUCACAGACGAACUAUCUGCUAGAAAGAAAGCACAAGAUUUUUCUAGUUUAGAUGAUAACGUUGUGAAAAAUAUUCCAAAUUUGUUGAUUAUUACUCUAAGCUGUAUAUCGAACAUGGUUCAUACCUUGAACGACAGUAAGUAUCAAACGUCCACAAAAGGUCAACAAAUCGAUUCUCUAAAAAAUGUUGCGAGACAGUGUAUGAUUUAUGCUGGUAUGAUUCAAUACAGAAUGCCCAGAGAAACAUACAGCACCUUAAUCAAUAUAGAUGUCUCUCUAUGA